GGACCCCGGCACCCGGAGCGGAGGCUGGCUGGGGAUAGUCGGGCUUUGAGCGGCUGCCGCUGGACCCCGGUCGGCGUUUAACAGCAUAAUACUACUCAUUUUGUGUUAAAAAUCCCAUCAAUAUGAGCUGGGCUGUGGAGGAAUGGAAAGAAGGCCUCUCUCCCAGAGUCCUGCAGAAGAUUCAUGAGCUGGAAACUCAACUAGAUAGGCUUAAAAAGGAGCGCCAACAAAGACAAUUCCAGUUAGAGUCUUUGGAGGCAGCUUUGCAAAAACAGAAACAGAAGGUUGAAAAUGAAAAAAAUGAAGCUGCAACACUAAAAAGAGAGAACCAGAGCUUGAUGGAAUUAUGUGAUAGUCUUGAGAAAGCAAAGCAGAAAAUAUCACAUGACCUUCAAGUAAAAGAAUCUCAAGUCAACAUUCAGUCAGGGCAGCUGAAUUCCAGCAAGAAAGACAUUGAAAGACUAGAACAAGAACUGAAAAGAUACAAAUGUGAGCUUGAGAGGAGUCAGCAAACAUCAAUUACAGGAGACUUAUCAUUCAAUGGCACUCCACAGAACAGUUUUACUGCUCCUUUAACACCAAUUCAAAGUCAUAAUGAUGCCAAGUUUGAAGAAUUAGAAGAAAAAUACAAGAAGGAAGUACAAGAAAGAAAAAAACUAGAGUUAGAGCUGAGAGCUAUCCAAGUUAAGAAAAUAAAUCAGCCCCAGCCUCGAAGCUCUUUGAGUUACAGAGAGAUUGCUUGGCAUCAGUCUUCUUCCUCUGUGUUUUCAUGGCAACAAGAAAAGACACCAUCUAGAAACCAAGAAACACCUGCAAGGGGAAGUUCUACAACAUCCUCUUUUCCAUGGGAAAAAGAAUCAAAUUCUAGGAGAGUAUCAGAGAAAAAUGAGUUCAACAACAGCUUUGAUGAAAAUUGUAAUUCUUCACAUGUGAUCCAGCUAAGAGCACAGAACCAAGUGUUAAAUUCCACUGUUAAAGACCUAGAACAACAACUGCAAGCUCAAGAAAAAUUGAAGAAAUCCCAUAUGAAUAAAUAUCAAGAGACUGAAAUGCAACUGGAGAGAAUGAAGUUGGAGUUAGCAGAGAAGGAUAAAGCUCUGAACAAAACCCGAGAUAAACUGACUCAAAUGAGGACACAACUUGAUCAAGCUACUACACAGAUGCAAAUGAUGGAGCAAAAGGUGAAAAGGUUGUCAGAAGAACUAAAUUGCCAAAGACAAAAUGCUGAGAGUGCUCGUCAGUCUUUGGAACAGAAAAUAAAAGCAAAGGAAAAGGAAUACCAACAGGAACUCUCUUGUCAACAACGUGCAUUACAAGCAGCAGAUCAGCAGAGCAACCAGUUAAGGAACAAAAUGAACCAAGAGCUACAGCAAGCCAAAAAUGACUUCAAUGCUCUGCGGGCAGAAUUUGACAAAGUAAUGGCAGUGAAACAACGCUUGGAACAUGAUGCCAGUGAUCUCACCCAGAAGCUGUGCAGAGCAGAACAAGCUUUAUUAGCAGCCCAAGCUAAGGAAACUGAUUUGACAAGGAUCCUUGAGGAAGUGGAGCGGAAGAAAAACCUUCUUGAUGGUGAACUUGAAAAAAAAUUGCAAGAAAAUCACCAGCUUGAACAAGAACUGAAUAUGAUCAAGCAGUCUCUAAAGGAGAGCAAGAAUUUUGCAGAAGAGAUGAAAAAUAAGAAUAUUUUUCAGGAAGUGGAGCUAAAGUUGCUGGAAGAGAAACUUAAAAAGCAAAAGAGCUUCUUUUCACCUGAGAAGCUGAAAAUAGCUUUAGCUGACAUGGAAAAGCAACAGGAUUCUAUCCGAGACCUGCUCAAGGAAAGAGAAAACCUUAUUGAAGAACUAAACAGUAAAAUAAGUAAGAUGGAGGAAGAAUCAGAAGCUCUGCAUAGGCUUCUUGGAGUCAAGCAGAGAGAAUGUGAAGAUUUGCAAAAAGAAGCUACUGCUUUUUCUCAAUGGAAAAAUGAAAACAAUAAUCUUUUAAAUAAACUUCAGUCUGAAAAGGAAAAUAUGCUGACUCAUAUUCAUGACUUGGAGAAUUCCCUUCAAAGUCAGCAAAUCAAAAAUCACGAACAUAGUGAGAAACUCAGAAUAAUGGAAAUUGAAAGUGAUAGGAAAAACACAGAGAUUAGAGAACUUAAAGACAUGCUGGAACAUAAAAAUGCAGAAUUAGAAGAGCAAAAAAAAGCUUUUGAUGAACUUCGUCAGCAAGCAGAAUGCUCUGAUAAAAAGUACUGUAAAGAGAUUGACAAUAUGUCCUGUAAAAUAUUCCAGCUUACCAACCAAGUUGCUGAACUGGAAGAAAAGUUACAAUUAGCAAAAAGUGAAGGACUGCAAAGAGAGCAAUGUUAUAAUGACCUGCUUGGUGAAUAUGAAAAAGUCCGUUGUCUUUUAAAACCAAAAAACACUUCAGAAACAACAGGAGAUGGAGAAGUUAAUUUACAAAGUGAUCAGGAUCAAGCUGUUUUAGAUACUACACAACUUGCAGCAAAUAAGUCCAUUGCUGAGGAUCACAGAGAUGCCAGAGCUAUUAUAGAAGGUGAAAAAACUAAGGAUCUGGCCAUCUUACGAGAUCAGAUUUCUUCUCUUGAGAUUUCCUUGGUGGCUCAAAAGGAACUGAAUUCAAGUCAACAGCAGAAGUAUGAAGACUUACUGCAAAUGAAGGGUGAAGCAGAAGAAAGAUUAGUUAAUGCAGAACAGAUGCAUGAAAGCUUUGUGACAGAAACUAAAGAGCACAUUAGUAACUUGCAAGCAGAUAUUUCAGCACGGCAGAAAUUAGUUGCAAGUGCCUUAGGUGUUCUUGAGGAAAAGGACAUGCAAUUGCAAAGUCUGAAUGAAAGAUUAGAAAACCACCAAGCUGAGUUUCAGGGCUUAGAGAUCAAUAAUAAAUUGCUUGAGGAUUCAGUCAGACAGCUGAAGAUCAUGUCUGGAACAUGGGAUUCGGAGAAGAAGGAAAUGUCUUCAAUGAUGGGCUCAUAUAGCAAAAAAAUAGAGGAACUUACAGAAGAAAAUGCAAUCCUUAGGGAAUUAAGCAGAAUUUUAGAGCAAGAAAAAAUAACUUUACUGGAAGCAAAUAAAAAUAUUUCUGAAAGGUUAAAGGAAAAAGAAGAAAUAAUUUCUGAAAUGUCUGGACGACACAAAGAGGAAAGACAACAUAUUGAGUCCAGGACUGAAGAAAUUCAAACAGAACUUAAAAUUUUGCAAGCAAAAUAUAAAUCAAUGGAAGAAGAAAAAACAAAUUUGAUGAGUGCUCUCAGAGAGCAGAUGAUUAAAUUUGAGGAAAACAAAGCAAAAUUAGAAAAAGAGAAACAGGAGAAUAGAGAUAUCUUGCAUAAACUAAUAGCCUCAGAAGAAAUUAAAAAAGAUUUGGUUCAUGAGCUGCAGUCAGAAUUUUCCAAUAUCCAACUUGUACCUUCCUCAAAGCUUGAGGAUUCAGGACAGGAAAUGUUAAAUGUCAGGGUAACACAGAACGAAAUGCAAGAGCAACAUAGUACUGGAUUCCAAGAUGAGGAGCAUCUGGGAAAGAAACUAGAAAAAGAAAGUGAACCUCUAAUGUGGGAUGUUAGUUGUGAACAGAGACUCUAUUCAGAACAGUUGAGGAAGUCCAUGGAAGAAAAGGAUGCUGAACUGAAUAAAUACCAAGUUAAACUUGAGAUUCUUCAAAUGGAUUUUGAGGACAGAGAAAUCUCCCUAGAGAACUACAGGUUAGAAGUGAUACAAUUGGAGACUGCUUUGAAAGGCGUGGAAGCAGAACUCGAAAAAAGUGUGAGGGAGAAAGAGAGACUGCAGCAAGAACUACAGUCUGUUAAAGAACUGAAAGCUUCAGAUUCUCCACUUGCAGUAUUAGAAGAAAGUGGUCACUCUGAGUAUAAUUAUGAUAGUGUUUCCCAGAACUGUAAGAAAAGAGGACUAGAUGAAAGUUAUUCAUCAGUCUUGCUGGCAUCCUCUUUGCAGGUAACAAUAAACAAUCUGACUGAGCUUGAGAAAAUGUGUGAGAGGUUGCAGAAUGAGAAAACCGUAUUAGCCUCUCAGUUUAAAGACUCAGAAAUCAAUGGCAUCACAGGUAUUGAUAAAGUAGCAGAGGAGGAAGAGAAUAUAAGGAAUGCAGAUAAAAAUUUAAGAGCUGAGAAAGCUAUUUUUCCUGAUGAACUUAUGGAUCAAGGUGAUAACAGUGAUCUCAGAGAGAAUUUUGAUAAUAAGGAAAUGUCCUUUGGGCUUAAAGGAUGCAGUAUUGGACCCAGUUCUGACUACAAAGAUUUAAAAUUGUCCAGCAAAGAAAUUAAAAUGCACUUUGCUGAAGUAAGAGAGAAACUUCUGUCUUUCCAGAAUGAACAUAUAAAGUUAUAUGAACAACACUGUGCUAUGAGCUCAAAAAUAUCUGAGUUACAGUCUUGUAUUGAAAUACUGAAGGCAGAAAAUUCUGCAUUAUCAACAAGCCUGAGCAAUGCUCAUAGAGAUUCUAUGAGAGUGUCACUAUCUUCCAGCCAAAGUGAUAUGCUGUCUAAAUUAGAUGAAAGUAAGCCCACAAUUUCUUCCUCAGACCUUUUUGAAAGUCCCUCUUUUACAGAAGAAAGUGAAGUGGUUGAUUCCUGUAACAGUGGUAUGUGCAAAGGGACAGAGGAAAUUAAGCUGCCAGACAGUUCUGCACAAAUAAUCUCAGAAGGUGCAACAAAUGUUUUAUUUGGAAAUUUUCAUAAUGAUCACAAAUUGGACUUUGCUAGAGAGCCCAGGAAUACAACUCCUAGAAAAUCUAAUCUUGAGAAGAUUGAGGAACUUCAGAUGCUGUGUCAGACAUAUGAGAAGGCCAUUAAAGUGCUUGAAGACCAAUUUCACAUUCAAGAGAAUAUGAAAAAUGAGGAAAUACAGGAGCUGAAAGAAGUUAUACUCUCUGAAAGAAAAGAAAUAGAUCAUCUCAAACAGCAGAAUCUAUCUGACAAGGAAGAAUGGCAGCAGAAACUGCACAACGUGACUAUGGAGAUGGAAUGCAAACUGGCACUGGAAAGAAAACAAACUGAGAAUCUGUCUUUGGAGCUAGAAGCAGCAAGAUUCCAACUACAAGUCCUUGAUUUAAGUUCUCGUUCACUCCUGUACACAGAUGUUGAAAAUAAUGCUGGACAAGAAAGCAAUAGUCAUCAGUUAGGAGUGCCUAUUGAAAAUCCAGCACUGAACAGCAGUGAACCUAAACUAACCUCCAGUGAGAAAAUGGCAGUAGGAGAUACCCCUGUGUGUGAAGAUGUAACUGAAACUCCUGAAGCAAGAAUAAUGGAAGACUAUACUGAAAAGAUUUCUGAAGAACAUGAGUGUGAAAACAUGUCAGGAAUGACCAGCUCUUCAAACCACACCAGUUCAUUGUCAUUUUCCAAUAGUAAUAUGUUUUUGAGGGCAGAGGAUUUCUUUGACAACCAAAUAACCAGUGAAAUGCUUCAGGAGGAGGCAAAACAAACCUCUGAAAAUUUGAAGCUUAUCUGUGAGACAGAAGAAGGACAUAAACAUGUUGAUUUGCUUAUAAAAGUUGAGCCUAACUCAGAGCUGAACUUUGAGAAUGCACAGUUAACUCCAAAGAGCUCAGCUUCUGCAGAAAUGGAGGAAGCUCCUGUAGUUGUUAAGGAAGAAAACUGUGAUGUAAAGGAAAACCUGGAAUCAGUCUCUGUCAAUAAGGAGCAAUUACCUCUUGCAGUAGUGUCAUUGGAAAAAACACCCGAAAAAGUAAACUCUGAGGUAAAGAUAUAUAAAGUUAGAUUGUCUAAUGCAGCAGACACAUUGGAUAAUGCAGAAAUCACCAAAAAGAUUUGUCAUGAACAAGUUCUUGCAGCUGAAAAUGAAUACAGGAGUCCAAAAUCUGAGCAACUUAAUCCUAAGAACAAUGCCUUGUUCAUAGAGAAUUAUAUUGAAAUGCUUCAGGCAAGAUGUCAGCAAUUAGAAAGGGAAAGAGAAGUUAACAUGAAACCUAUUUCUAGCUUUCAAGAGCCCCUUGUUUCAGUCACAGCUGAGAGAAAUCAUAUUGGCCAAGAACUGAGUGUUUUGCCUGAAAAUAAAAAUGGAUUGGAUCAGAAGUAUCAGAAUCUACAAGAGAAAUUAAAAGAGCUAGAGUCAGCUAGGGUGGAUUCUACUGAAUAUAUUAAAAGAUUAGAGAGUGAAGUGAGAACACAAACAAAUCUGCUUGAGGCUGCAAAAUCUGAUAUAAAUCAAUUAUCAAAGGAAAAAGAUCAUCUUCUGCAGAAGUUGCUAAGCUUGGAAAAGGAUGCCAUGUCUUUCUCCUUAGAAAAAGAAGAACUCCAAAAUAAAGCAGCUCAGCUGAACAAGGAGAAAGAGCUGCUUGUAAAAGAGUCAGAAAUGAUGCAGAGUAAAUUAAGUUCAUCAGAAAUGGAAAAUUCAAAGCUUUCUAGGUCUUUGGAAGGCUUGUUAAUGGAAAAAGGUGAACUUGCUGCUAGGCUUAACUCAGCACAGAAAGAAGUAGAUGAAAUGAGACGUGGAAUUGAGAAGCUGAAAGUAAAGAUUGAAUCCGAUGAGAAGAAAAAACACCACAUUGCUGAAAAGCUGAAAGAGAGUGAACGGAAAGCUGACUCUCUUUUGGAUAAAAUAGAGAGGCUUGAAAGGGAAUUGGAGAUGUCAGAGAAAAACCUAGAAGAUGCAGUUGUUCAGUCAGAGACUGCUAAAGCAGAAGCAGAAACAUUAACAGUGGAGAUCGAAGAGAUGGCUGAAAAGCUGGAAUGUUUUAACUUACAAAUUGAAGCCCUCUCCUCACAAAAAGAGGGUUUGGCUAAAGAUCUGAAAGAAAAGCAAGAAAGAAUCCUUGAACUGGAGUCCUCUAAUUUGACUACAGCAAAACUGUUAGAGGAAAAGGAGGAAGAAAAGAUGAAAAUCAAGAAUGAGUUUGAAAAUGUUGUGAUAUUACUGAAGUCUGAGCUCAAAGAUAUAAGUGAGAAAUUAGAAUUUUCUUGCAAGAAGGAAACAGAUGCUAGAGUAAAAGAGCAAGUCUUGAUUAAUCAGGUGGCUCAUCUUGAGCAAGAUAAAACAUUACUAUUACAGGAAUGUCAGGAAAUAAAAAAUGAAAAUAUCAAACUGGACCAAACAAGGGAACUACUUGUUCAAGAAUUGAUGGACUAUAAACAAAAACUCGAUGAAAAAGUGCAGGAAAAUGGUGCUCUUCAAAAGCAGGUGAAGGAAUCAGAGGAGCUGUCUUUACAGCUGACACAUAUGCAACUCGAGCAUGAAUGCUGGCACCAGGAGAAAAGGCUGCAGAAUUUGGUGGCUGAAUUGAAGCUGAAGGAACAAAAUUUUUCUGAUAAGGAAGCCUUUACUGAUAUCCUGAAUGUUCUAAAAGUGUCUUAUAAGGACCUUGAGAAGGAACUGGAAUCUACACUUUGUGAAAAGAGCAUUUUAUGUAAAAAGGUAAAUGAGCUGACUGAAAGUCGGACUGAGCUGGAAGUCAAGCUAACUGAUACUGAGCGGGAGAUUUCCAAAUUACAGGAAGAAUUUGCCACAGAAAGAAGGAAACUUGCUGAAGAACUACAACUUAUUCAAGAACAUUCAGAAAAGAACAAAAUUCAGCUGCAUCUGACCAUAACAGAAAGAAAUGAGCUGACUAAGAGUUUGGAGGUGGUCCAGAAAGAACUGCAGGAAAAAACAAGUGAAAUUAAAAGAGAAAUAUCCAAAUACAAAGACAGACUACUUCAGGCAGAGAAAGAGCAUCAUGAUGCUCUGACAGAAGCCAACAGAAAGAAUGAAGUAAAAAUUCAGGAUUGCCAAGAUAAGAUUACUUCGCUGGAGUGCUUUAUCACCUCACAAAAAUUGGAAAUUGAGCAGUUGAAGUCAAAUAAAGAAGAACUAAAUAAUUCCCUUAAAGAAGCUAACCAAACCUUAGGAGAACUCCUAAAAGCUAAGGCUGAUAAUACUAACAUUAUUGUUCAGCUCAAGAAGGAAAAUGAAUUUGCCCACAGUAAAGUUCAGCUCUGGAUGAAAUCAUGUAAGCAGAUGGAACAGGAAAAGGAAAUGCUUCAGAAACAACUAAUUGAACGUGAUGAACUAUUAAAGAAGGAAAAUAUAACUACUGAUGAGAAUGUCAUUAUAGAAGAAAUUAAGUUAAAAAUGGAAGAAUUAGAGGCAUCUGCAGAAGUGAAAACCAGAGAAGCAAAUGAGAACUUGGAGAAAUACUGCUCUCUACUUGUUAAAUAUUAUAAACUAGAGGAAGCAAAUGAGAUGCUUAAAACACAAGUCAGUUUGUUGAGUGCUCAGCUGAAACAGCAAACAAGUGGUGCUGUCAGCACUCCUGUGCCGAAUUCAGAUGACUCAUUAACAGGGAGCAAUCAGUCUGUCAAAGAGAUGAGGUCAGAUGAAGACACUACUAAACUUUCAAGUAAAAGGCAGAGAUGUGAAGGCAACGGAAAAGAUAAUGGAGAACCAAGAUCCCCUGUGCCAGAGACUUCAUCCAAAAAAAAAAGGAAGGAUGAUUUCUGUCAAAAUCUGCUGGGUCAGGAGGACACAGACGGUGAGCCAGAUGGGCUUCCAGAAGUAGUAAAGAAAGGGUUUGCUGAUAUCCCCACUGGAAAGGUGAGCCCUUACAUUUUACGUAGAACAACUCUAAAUCUAAGAACCAGCCCUCAUCUGCCUUCCACGAGUGAGAAAUUGCCUUUUCCUGCACAAGACAUAAAAAAAUGCAAACAAGAUAAUGUUGGUGAGCACUCCUGUUUGACAGCUGGUGGCAGCAAACCACAAAAGGUAAAUGAUGAACAGCAAUCCCAUGCAGGAACACCUUUGAAAUCUACUCCAAGGUCACCACUUUGCCCAUAUAAGCAAUCCACAAAACCUGUCCCCGAAAAUGCUAGGGAGGGUCAGCUGAUGAACAGAGCCAAAAAUUCUCUAAGUGAACAAGGAGUACCUGAGCAAGAUAAGGAAAAAGAAAAUUGUAAGGUGCAGUAAAUCUGUGUGGACCUAAUAAGAACUCAAAAUAACUGAUAAAAAAGCAGUUUGUGAAAUAA